UACACCCGCCCCGUUAUUCAAACUCGUAAGUUACUGUCCUCCUAUUGAAAAUUAAACCAUUUUCUUCCUCAUAUAACCUAACAUCUCCUGUAUUUGUAUUGCGUGACCACGCCAUUUCUUUCCCAAUUUUCCUUGAAAGAAACAGCGCCCCUCUGUCCGGAUUUCAAUAUGUGGUGGUUGCGCGGGGAAGUUAGUCUGUAGGCGAAGUUGGCAUCCUUUGAGUAGCACUUCAUGCUACUGUGAAACUAUAGUCACCUCUGGGGGGAAGAUUGGUCAAAAUUGUCAAACUGUCAACUAAUGAAACCAGAAGGUUUAGCAGAGGUGGCAGCUUAAUUAAGAUGAAACAACCGGGAGAGUUAGCAAGUUUUUCCAUCAGCUAACAGCUAACGUUAUGGCUUGUUUUUGUAAGAUUAACGGUUGCUAACAGUUAAGCUAAUUGCGAUGAUGUGUGAAUUUCUGGAUUUUGGGGAGAAAUCGCCGCAGACAGUAACUGAUUGAGAAUAGAAAGGAGACCUGGCUACUUCCAAACUGGACCUGCGAAAAACUUUGGUGGACAGAGCAGUUGGACGGAGUGAAAAUAUCAGUGGUGUCGUCUGUAUUAAUUGGAAGACGUCAGGUUUAGUGGACACCUUUUCCGCCAUGAUCGUCGGUCUAACGGUCGCUAAACUACUUCAAACACCAGACAUAUUUUCCAGGUGGAAAAUAGUUGGUCAGAGGGGUCUAGGCAUGAAGUCCAACACUGCCCCCACCAGGAGUUCCCAGCAGGGUUCUGGGAUCACACAUCAAGGUCUGUCGCUGGCCCUCGACCCCUGCCCAGGCCUCUGUGACGGGGAGGGGCGAAGAUUGAGUGGGCCGGAGGAGACAACACACCAUAGCUGUGUGCAACUGCACACACUGAAAAUGGCCUCAAUCCUGCAGAAGCUGAUCACCCCGCUGUUCAGCGGUCCUCCUGAGCCCCCCAGGAAUAAAGUGACAGUGGUGGGUGUGGGACAGGUUGGCAUGGCCUGUGCUGUCAGCAUCUUGCUCAGGGAGCUGGCUGAUGAGCUGGCCCUGGUGGACGUGAUGGAGGACAAGCUGAAAGGAGAGAUGAUGGACCUGCAGCACGGAAGCCUCUUCCUCAAAACUCCCAAAAUAGUUGCAGACAAAGACUACUCUAUUACGGCUAACUCCCGCAUUGUGGUGGUGACCGCUGGAGUCCGUCAACAGGAGGGAGAGAGCAGGCUGAACCUGGUCCAGAGAAACGUCAACAUCUUUAAGCACAUCGUCCCCCAGAUCGUCAGAUACAGCCCUGACUGCAUCAUCAUCGUGGUGUCCAACCCAGUUGAUGUGCUGACUUAUGUAACCUGGAAACUGAGCGGCCUUCCCAAGCACCGCGUCAUCGGCAGCGGCACCAACUUGGACUCUGCACGCUUCCGCUUCCUGAUGGCCGACAAACUGGGGAUCCACCCCAGCAGCUUCAACGGUUGGAUUCUGGGAGAACACGGAGACACCAGCGUGCCUGUGUGGAGCGGAACCAACGUGGCUGGAGUCAACCUGCAGACAUUAAACCCGGACAUCGGCACAGACUCUGACGAUGAGAACUGGAAGGAGACUCACAAGAUGGUGGUGAACAGUGCCUAUGAGGUGAUCAGACUGAAGGGUUACACCAACUGGGCCAUCGGUCUGAGUGUAGCUGAUCUGACAGAGAGCCUCAUGAGGAAUAUGAACAGGAUCCAUCCUGUUUCCACCAUGGUGGAGGGCAUGUAUGGGAUCAGUGACGAGGUCUACCUGAGUCUGCCCUGUGUGCUCAACAGCGGGGGCGUGGCCAGCGUCGUCAACAUGACCCUGACAGAUGAAGAGGUGGCCCAGUUGCAGGCCAGUGCCAACACACUGUGGGACAUCCAGAAGGACCUGCAGGAUGUCUAAAUGACCAGCAGGGGGCAACGUAGCUGCACCGUCCUGGCUGCUCAUCGCCUCCAGUAAAAAUCACACUGCAGUCAGUAAAUACCAGACAGCUCCCACCUUCCACACCGUCAACCCACCACCCUCUGUAGAUACUGGGGGGGGGCAGGGUUGAUCCCAUCAGAUGUAGCUGUAGGUGUCAGUUUGUACUUUUCUGCUUGCUGGAGACAAAAUGUGACAUCAGCUGAGUGAAAUGCUGCACUGACUCAUUUGUCCUCGACUGUGUUCAGUCUGUGUUCACCGUGUCACUCGUGUCGCUUUGGCGUGCAAUAAAGCAAGUUUGUUUGUGCUUUAA